GGCGACGAUAAAGGCAAGGGCAAGGCCCCUGUCCGCGACCCGCCCCUGCCGCGUCUCUACGUUCACUGCUCCAUCGGAGACAUCGUUCUCUCGAAAUCGGAUCUAGCCGCCGAAGCGGCACUGGCCUCGACACUCCAAGAGAAGCACCAGUCGACAGCAGCGGCGCAGCAGCAGCAGCAGCAGGAACAUGAUCGGCAACGAGAGGAGUCCAUGACCACUCCCGCGCCUCGCGGGUUCGACCGCCUGCUCUCGGCGGGGUUUACUCCCCAGGAAGUGUCAGCGCUGCGGUCGCAGUUCCUCGCCCUGCAGUCCAUCUCCCACACGCCGGACACGAUGCCUUCCGGCGAUGAGUUGCGUGAACUGGAGGAUCGCUGGAUGGACGAAGGGUCGGGGGCCAUGGGUGGCCCUGCCGGUGGGAUUGGAGGAGGCGCCGGCGGAGGAGGGCCGUUCAGCGGCGACGACGACGGAGGGCUGGGCUCCGGGUCGCAUGGCGCGCUGGACGAUAUGCUCUGGGGUGCCGUGAUGGGAUUCUUCUGGCCGAUCGGGUGUGCGAUGUGGUUGCGCCGGGAGGAAGGCGUGUGGAGUUGGCGGAAAGGGCUGGCGGUGUUUGUGGGCGUCGUCGUCAAUGUUGUCUUUGGUGCGAUGAAACGAACACACAACCCGGAAAAAAGAAAAAACGAUGAUCAGCAAGAUCAAGACGGUGAUUAUCGCAAUGGUGAUUAUCCGAUUCGUAGCCAUCCUUCACAGCAAGCACAGCGUCAGCAGGUGUGCGAUCUCAGGAGGGAACGGGCGGAGGGUGCAAUACCUACGAGCCAUGCCCUUGAGGGUCUUUAUACUCGUGUCGACAUAUCCCUCGCUCUGGUGCAGAUUCAUCCUCGUGCGCUCGAUCGUCUCCCGCUGCUGAUGGAGGUCCGCCAGGGUGCUGCGGCCAAUGUCCUCCGUCUCCAGCGCGAUCCGCUGGCUUUCCUGCAGCCGCGCGGAACUGCGCUCCAGCCGCUCCGUCCCCGAGAGCAGCUGCUGCCUCUGCUCCAGAUGACGGUCCACGCCGUCGGGGUCGUCGGUGUAGCGGUCGCCGAAGAGCGCCUUGCGGUCAUCCGAGAGCGACUUGAGCCUGCGCUUCAGCUCGUCGAUGUCGGUCGCAUAGUUGCGGAACCGGACGUUGACUUUCGACCGGGCUGCCGAGGGGAUGUUCUGCUUCUCCAUCCGCAUCUGAUCGAGCUGUUUGGGGAAGGAGUGUCAGUUGCACUGUCGCCGGACAACCAGAACCGGGCCGUCAAAGGUUGCCUACCAGUUCAUUGGCCUCGUCAAGCGCUCUCUCUGCCUGUCUGA